UGCUCGCCGCUCACCGCCGCCGCCGACACCCAGCAUGGCCGGUCUGCCCUGCUCGCCCGCCGCCGGCCGGCUGCUGCUGCUGGCCGCCGCCCUGGCGCUGACGGCCGCCCAGCCCGCAGACGGCGACGACAAGCCGCGGUACGUGCAGCUGCCCCUGGACGGGCUGACCCGCUCCGGGCGCAGCAGCCUCGGCCUGGUGCCCUUCCCCCGCGUCGGCAAACGGUCCCGCACCAUGGGCCUGGUGCCGUUCCCGCGCGUGGGCCGCGCCCAGGCCAUGGGCCUGGUGCCGUUCCCCCGCGUGGGGCGCGCCAUGGGCCUGGUGCCGUUUCCGCGCGUGGGCCGCGGCUCGAUGGGCCUGGUGCCGUUCCCGCGGGUGGGCCGGCUGGACGGCGCCGUGGACAAGCGGCAGAGCCUGAUCCCGUACCCGCGGGUCGGCAAGAAGUCGGUGCUGGAGGAAAUGGAGCAGGAGGCGGCGCCGUGGGCCGAGGACGAGCAGGAGGACCUCCCGGCGCAGGCAGACGACCAGAUCGAGGGGAUGUCGAAGCGGGCCAACUGGGAGGCGCCUCGCCUGGGCGACGUGAAGCGCUCUGCCGGCUGCCGGUUCGGCGGCAGCUGCUCCCGCGGCCGACGGGUGCGCUCCGGAAACCACUUUGUGCCACGGCUGGGCGGCGCGUGAGGCGGUGCGGCCGCCGGAACGGCCGCGCCGAGCCCGUCCAGCGAGCACCACCGGGCGGGCGCGGACGGCGAGCGACCCGGGGAACGCGGGAAGGGUGAGGGAGGGCCAGACUGAGACCGCCGGGCCGCAAACACAGGCCAGUCAUUUGGACGAGGCCCCGAUAUUUUGAUGACCAGGACUGAUAGAUUAUAAACAGAUUAACAAACACGGCCCGUGUGGGCCGAUCUGAGGGCAGCCUGGUCGGCUCGGUCAGCCGGUGGCCGGUCAGCGGAGGCUGGGCUGCUGGCGCCGGACUGGCCGGGGCUGGGCCGACCGGGCGGCACCUUUAGCACUCAAUCUGCCGGGACGCGGUGACCGAGGCUGGAUCACCCUCGCUCUCUAUGCGGACUGCCUGGUGGCGUGGACCGGGGCCCGGCCGGCCGGCGGGGCACCUCCGCCCGUCCUGCACGGCGGCCGGCGCUCUGCGGACCGGCCCGAGCCGGGCGGCGGGGAGCGGAGCCGGAGGGGCCUCCGCUCCGCCGCCGCCGCCGCCGGAUGACGCCCUAAUGACGCUCUGAUGACGCGGGAUGUGCAUGGCUGCGUCAGCCGCGCUGUGCUGUUUGUGGUCGCGGGGCGAGCGUGUUGGUAUUGUGCUUGUCAAGUGUGCCACGAUAAUACAGUCUCACAUUGUUA